GCGUAACUGUAAGCACGCAAACGAACACACACACACACACAUACACACACUCACGUACGCAUUAGCACGAGCACGAGCAGAGCCGAGUCGAGCCCGCGACGAGCAGUGCAGCACAAGCAAAAGAGUUUUUUGUGUUUGUUAUUGUUAACAUUAACAUUAACAUUAACAUUUAAUACCGUCACACAAAUAUUACUUGGCGAAACAGCUGAGCCGGCCCAACAUUGUGUGUUGGGUUCCCCUGGCACUUGUUGUUGUUGCUGUUAACGAUUAACGGUCAAUGGUUAACACUCGAUUGUUUGUUUUUAUUUUUUUCCUGUGACUGUGCCAUACAAACACCCCUCCUCACACCAAAAGUGCAUUUCCCACAAAAAAAAGUGUCGAAAUUAGCAGAUCGUCAAAGCAAAUCAACCUCUAAAGCACUUGACAGCCAAUAAGCCAAGGAGAAUUAUCGGAAAGUUGCCGACUGCAUCCCACUAUCAUGGAUAAGUCUAACCUGACGGAAAAGAAUCGCAUUCAUGUGUACAAUGACACCACAAAACCCAAGAAGCCCAAGAGGCGGGAUAAGAGUGAUCUAGGACCGAAUUUUGUGGCUCCCGAUGGAGGCUGGGGAUGGGUGGUUUGCCUGGCAGCUGGUUUGAAUAAUUUCUUCCUGUUCCCAGCUCUGCAACAAUAUGGUCUCAUCUAUCGAGUGCGAAUGCAUUCCCUGGGCUUUGAUGCCAAACAGACCACCACCAUAGUCAAUGUGGUGAUGGCCAUAUCCUCGUUAGUAGGCAUUGUCAAUGGAGCCAUGUUCCGGCGUUUUACCUUCCGUCAGGUGGCUCUCACAGGCACCACGUUGGCCUUCGUGGGCAUUUUUCUCUCUGCCUUUUGUACCAACUUUUGGCAAUACAUCAUCUGCCUGUCGGCCAUCUAUGGCAUUGGUCUGGGUCUGGCCAUGGCAGCCACCUCGUUGGCCGUGAAUACAUACUUUAAAUUGAGACGACGUCGUGCCACCGGAUUCUCGUGGACAAUCACGGGAUUGGGACCGAUCUUCUUUCCGCAAGUGUCCACCUUCCUGCUGGACUACUAUGGGGCCCAGGGUAGUAUUUUGAUCUAUGCCGGCAUUGCCAUGAAUGCUGUGCUUUGUGCUCUAACCCUGCAGCCAGUGUUGUGGCAUGUUAAGAAGCCCGAAAAGGCCGCCCUUCAGGUGGCCAUGGAGGGUGAACCGGAUAAGGAUCAACCGGAGCAGUUGAUGGAAGCGAAUGGUAAUCUGCUGACACCUGCCAAUGAUCCAUGGAAGGACUACGAGUGCAAAUACUGUCAGUAUCAGAAGCGUGGCAAACGUGGCAUCUUCUCCUCGCAAUAUCUCUUCAAUGUGGAUGAUCCCGAGCGACCGGGUUAUGAGAUUACUGAACCCGGAACCCCUAUGCUGGCUCGGGCCAACGAUGGUUGGUUUGGCUCCAAGUUAUCCCUAACAUCGGAGCAUACUGGCGGAGCUCGUUAUAGGACGCGACAGGCUCUGAUGCGUCAGGUUUCGUCCAGGAGUCGCGAGAAUCUGGAGCGCUUGGAGUCGCCAAGGGAUCAGGAGCAACAGGAUCAGGCUACCGCCGGUGCACCUCUCUAUAAACCCAACUACUUUAACCGCGAACGUGAGGAUAUGGAUCGGUAUGCCAGUAAGACGAGUGUCUACUCACGACCUGGCCAGGAGGAGCUCUUGCGGUGCACCUGUGCCGAGGAUAAGGCUUUGCUACAGAAAACCGCCGAGGCUUUGCAGCUGGAACAGAUGGGAGAUCAGGAUCAGGAAGUGAUGGCCGAAGAGGAGGCCAAGCGACGCAUGACCUUCUUCCAGAAGGUGAGCAAGUUCUUUGACCUGGACUUGCUAAGGGAUUUCACCUUCGUGAAUCUGGCAGUUGGCAUGAGCAUCAUGAUGUUUGGCGAGAUGAAUUUCUCAGUGCUUACGCCUUUCAUACUGAAUAGUUUUGGUUACUCGGAUACACAGAUUUCGCUGGUGAUGUCCCUGCUGGCCUGCAUGGAUAUCUCGGUGCGUUUCCUGGCUCCGCUAGCUUUGGAGAAGGUUAAACUGGACAAUCGAGUGCUUUUUGCCUUUGGUAUUCUCUGCAUUGCUGUGGGUCGUGUGGUGGUUUCAUUUACCAGCUCAUAUGAGGUGAUGAUUGGUGUUUUCCUGCUAAUUGGUUUUGGCAAGGGUUUCCGUACCAUUUUCUCGCCGCUGAUUAUACCCAGCUAUGUGCCACUGAAUCGUUUGCCCGCAGCCUCGGGUCUUCAGUUGAUCUUUAAUACCAUGUUCUCCUUUGCCAUGGGUCCCAUUUUGGGCAUCUUAACGGAGGCCUUUGGCUAUGCCGCCACCAUUCAUACCAUCAAUGCUUUGACCUGUUUGGCCCUGCUUCUUUGGCUUACGGAAUCCGUGGUUCGUCGCAUUCUGGGACGACCCUCAAAGGGUCUGGGACAGUAAAUGUCUUUCAAUUUGAACUACAAUUUGUGUGCAUAGUAUUACUUGAGGAUACUUAGUAAUGAUACCUAAGAAAUUAACUCUUAAUUAGCUUUUAAUAUAGCUUAAUGGGCAUCUUUUUUUCUGUGCUUGAUACUCUUGAUACUAGAUACUAUGGAAAGUACUUAGUGAUACGUGAUAAGUGUAUUUUGUUCUACAAUUAAUUGUGGAAAUUGUGUGUGCGUGUAUGUAAUUUGAUAAGGGAGAUUUAAUAAUUUAAAUAUAAAGAAAUCAAGGCUAAUUGAAAACACUUUCAGCUUAGUCUUUAUACCCAAAGUAAUCCAGUUUGCAAAAUAAACAAAAAUGAAGCCAGUUUAAAGUCAAAAGUCUGUUAUGGAAAGUAAAUCAAGUACUUAAAGCUUAAACUUAAACUCACUCUAAAUGAAAGUUGUCUAGAAAUUAAAGUAGUUCCUUGCAAAGUCUUGACUUUCUUCUUGUAAUCGAUGUCGCUUUAAAAUCCCAACCUUAAGAUAGUUUUAAGUAUAGAAAUAAAGCAGAGUAAUCCAAGGAAAGUUAGUAAAUAUCAUCAAGACCCGAAAACAGUGUGCAAAAAAUGUUACGUGAAUAAGGGAAUUUUUUUCGUAGCUUAAGAAAAUAAUUUAAAAAGUAAACAUACAUCUAUUU